CCGACCCGAACCAGACGAUCAUAAGCAACCUUCGAGGGAGUAUGUUACAAGAAGAAGAAAAGAAAAGCGAAUUAAAAAAAAAACAUUUAUAUGUCACUGUUUUAGUUUUUCUUGGAGAUCAUAAAAAGACUCCACUCAGAAAUUAGCUGCAAAUCAAGGAUUAAUUAAAAAAUUAUUUGUGACUUGAGUCACCAUUACUGUAUGGUAGAUGAAGGGAUUUAAUCCGAGUGCCUUUUAGUUUCCAAGAGCAAAAACGAAGAAGAGCAAUCGGCCAUGGAACCUCAUCAAUUCUUCAAGAUUAUCUUAUCUCCUCAUCCCUCUAUAUUAAUGAGGUUGAAGCAAAGGUAGAUCCCUAAUAUCAAUGCUGAUGUCAAGAACCGAAAAUUCUACUUUAAUCCAUACUUCACAUGAAAGGCCAAUCUGAUCAGUCAGUUUGAUGCUGCAAUGUUUUAAAGAAAGUCGUGUAAUGUAUCUAUGGUUGCCAUGCCUUUCAAGUGGGCCUUCAAAUGUGCACAAGAGGGUUUACAUUUUGCACAUCCCAGAUGAAUUUGUAAUGAAGUAUGGGGCCGAUCUGCCAGAUGUUGUGUUCCUUGGGGUCCCAAAUGGCGCAAUAUGGGAAGUAAAAUUGCUAAACUCUAAUGGCAUGAAAUGGCUGAAGGAGGGCUGGACCCAGUUCAUGGAGUACUAUUCAAUUGGUCGUGGUAACCUUUUACUCUUUCAAUAUAAUGGGAACUCUCAUUUCUCUGUCUUCAUAUUUGAUUUAAGCGCUUCCGAGAUUGAAUAUCCUUCUGCUCCAAGUGAAGAUAUAGCACCAGAGAAUUUUGUAAAUAUAGUGGGCGAUGCUAGUCACAAGAAGAAGGCAGGCAGGCCUGAGACACAGAAUAAUUCAUGUGAUGACAUCACGAACGAUUCUCGGAGAAAAAAGACUGCAAAAGUUACAAAAGUAGCAGAUCACUCAUAUUCAAAAAGACAAAAAUCUGAUAGUCCAGUAUUCCUCCCUAACAGGGUGAAGCUUGAAAAACCAGACGUGGAGGAGGAUUCAAGUCGUGCAACCCAAGAAGAUAAAAGGAAGGAGAUUAAGGAGAAACUAAAACCAAACAUGGUGAAGAAUUUGUACUGUGCAGCAGAUAGAGGAAAUGAGGACUGCAGUGAAGUACUAGAUCCCUCAGCCUCCAAGAUGACAAACAGUACCAAAUGCAAUAAAAGGAAAUAUUCUAUCAGUUUGGAGGCAUCACGUUCUAGGUAUCCUCUACGAAGUAAUCAGGUGAAGCUUGAACAAUCCAAAGAAAACGGGAGUCCUUCAUAUUCUGGAAAACAAAGACCUUCCGCUUCACUAUCCUCUCCUGGUACUCAGUCAGAAAGAGACAAGUGUAACAGGGUGAAGCUUGAGAAAGCAAACUCGGAAGAAGAUUUCUGUUGUGCAGCGCCAAAAGAAAAAGGAGAGGACACUAACAUGGAGAAACUUGUAAAACAAGAUAGACAACAUAAUUUGUAUGGUGAAGUAUAUAAAUUUAAAGGGCACUGUAAUGAAGUACCAGUAAUGGAUCCCUCAGCAUCUAAGGUGACAACUACUAAUCAGCAUAGUAAAAAGAAAAUUGCUAUCAGUUUGGAUGCAUCAAAUUGUCGGUAUCCACUGCGAAAUAAGCAACUAAAAGAGAUUAGGGUUGAAAAAGGAGAUGUGAAAGAGCACUGCAACGAAAUACCAGUGGUGGAUCCCUUAGCAACUAAGAUGGCAACCACUAAUGGACAUCAUGAAAAGAAAACUAGUACCAGUUUGGAUAUGUCACAUUGUAGGUAUCCAUUGCGAACCAAGCAACUGAGAGAGGUGAAGCUUGAAAAACCAAUCACGGAAGAGGAUUUGCUUUAUGUAACGCAAAAAGCAAAAAGGAAGAAGCCUAAUAAUGUGAAGCUUGAGAAAGGAGAUGCGGAAGAGUGCUGCAAAGAAAUACCAGUAGGGGAUUCCUCAGCAACUAAGAAGACAACCACUAAUCGUGAUAAUGAAAAGAAAACUACUACCAGUUUGGAUACAUCACAUUGCAGGUAUCUACUGCGAAGUAAGCGACUGAAGCUUGAACAAUGGGGAGCAGGAGGGAACAUGCAUAGUAAAACGCCAAAAUAUAUAGUAGCAGAUUCUCCAUAUUGUAAAAGACAAAAUUCUGCCCUUCCAGCAUCCUCUCCAUGUUGUCAGCCUACCAGGGCGAAGCUGGAAAAACCAGACAAUUUGUUUUGUGCAGCAGAAAAUGCAAAGGGUAAGGAGACUAACAAUGUGAAGCUUGAAACAGGAGAUAUGGAAGGGAAUUUGAAUAGCGCAGCUUAUAAAGGAAAAGAUUCCACAGCCUCUGAGUUGACAAAUAAUUGGCAAGAAAAAGGUGUUACCCUCAGAGAAGCACAAUUGAGGAAAGAAAUGUACUUCAAUCCAUACUUCAUUGUUUCUAUGAAGCCCGCUUAUGUCUCGAGAAACUUCCAAUUGGAUUUACCUGAUAACUUUUUCAAUAAAUAUAUCAAAAUGGAGGAACCCUUUGUACAUCUACGAGUUUCUGAUGGGAGAACUUGGCGUGCAAAGUUGUUUAUUCAAUCAAAGUGUGCGAAGAUCCAAUCAUCAGGUUGGAGAGACUUUGUGCUCGGCAACAGUUUAAAAGAGUACGACACUUGUCUCUUUGAACUGCUUGAUGGCAUUGAGCCAGAGAUAGACGUGACCAUUGUCCGAGCCCCGACUCCCGUUCCCUGAAAGAUAAUCUCCCAUUUUGCAAGUAUGUGACUGUAUUUUAGCUUUCUAUCCAUCUUGAACUUUUUUGGAAGGUUGGAGAUGAACUGUGAGCUCAAGGGUAUGACCGUUACUUUCCUAAAAUUGAGCUUAUGUGCAAUUCUUGGGAUGAUAAUUUUGUAUUUAAGUUGUACUUCUCUUUACAUUU